CGUCUUAAUGGUAGCUCCGGUGGUUGCACCCACCUCCCGCUUACUGCAGCCAAUAUAUAUCGCUUCCGAUCUGAUCCCACCUCUCAUUCAUCCCGGACAAACACUUCCCAACCCCGACCAACCGCAUCCACCACGCACGCAAGCUAGCCGGCCCACUGUGCUACGUACGUACGCCACCAUGAGCGCCGCCGCCCAAGAAACCACGGCCGGCGGCGGCGGCGAUGGCAAGCGUCAGGGACCUUGCCGCCCGGGACACCUCAAGCUUGGCUACCACAUCGUGGUGUCCAACGCGGUCUACGUACUGCUGGCCCCGUUCGCCGCGGCGUUGGCGCUCCGUGCGUCCCGUCUCACCCCGUCCGACCUGGCGGCAGCGCGCGCCUACCUCCUCGCCAACCUCCACCUCGCUGUCUCCCUCGUGUCCGUCGCCACGGCCCUCGCGACGGUCUACCUCGCGCGGCGGCCGCGCGCGGUGUACCUGCUAGACUUCGCGUGCUACAAGCCCGGGCCCGACCACGUGGUCACCCGGGAGACCUUCAUGAAGCAGUCCAGCAAGGCCGGGGUGUUCACCGACGACAACCUGGCGUUCCAGCGGAAGAUCCUGGAGCGGUCGGGGCUCGGGCAGGGGACCUACUUCCCGGCGGCGGUGCUCAACUCGCCCCCUAACCCGUGCAUGGCGGAGGCGCGGCGGGAGGCGGAGGCUGUUAUGUUCGGCGCCAUCGACAGCCUGCUCGCCAAGACAGGGGUGCGGGCCAGGGACAUCGGCGUCGUGGUCGUCAACUGCAGCCUCUUCAACCCGACGCCGUCGCUCUCCGCCAUGGUCGUCAACCACUAUAAGCUCCGCGGUAACGUCGCCAGCUACAACCUCGGCGGCAUGGGAUGCAGCGCCGGGCUCAUCUCCAUCGACCUCGCCAAGCAGCUGCUCCAGGUCCACCGGAACUCGUACGCGCUGGUGGUGAGCAUGGAGAACAUCACGCUGAACUGGUACUGGGGCAACGACCGCUCCAUGCUCAUGUCCAACUGCCUCUUCCGCAUGGGCGGCGCGGCGAUCCUCCUCAGCAACCGCGCCGCCGACAAGCGCCGCUCAAAGUACCAGCUCGUGCACACCGUGCGGACGCACCACGGCGCCGACGACCGCGCCUACCGCUGCGUGUUCCAGGAGGAGGACAAGGCCGGCCGGGUCGGCGUCGCGCUCUCCAAGGACCUCAUGGCCGUCGCCGGCGAGGCCCUCAAGACCAACAUCACCACGCUCGGGCCCCUCGUUCUCCCCAUGUCCGAGCAGAUCCUUUUCCUCACCUCUCUCAUCGGCAAGAAGAUCUUUGGCCUCAAGAUGAAGCCCUACAUUCCGGACUUCAAGAUGGCGUUCGAGCACUUCUGCAUCCAUGCCGGCGGCAGGGCGGUGCUGGACACCAUCGAGAAGAACCUGGAGCUCAGUGACUGGCACAUGGAGCCUUCAAGGAUGACGUUGAACCGGUGGGGGAACACGUCCAGCAGCUCGCUCUGGUACGAGCUUGCGUACACGGAGGCCAAGGGACGCGUCCGGCGCGGGCACCGUGCGUGGCAGAUCGCCUUCGGGUCAGGGUUCAAGUGUAACAGCGCGGUGUGGCGCGCGCUCAAAGACAUUCACCCAUCAAAGGAAGCGGGCAGCAACCCGUGGAUUGAGGAGAUCCACCGGUUCCCGGUCGAGGUGCCCAAGGUGGAGAGCGUCGUUUCAUCGCCAUGAUAGACUCGUCAAGGUCGAGUACCAAUGGUUUUCUAGAAAAGAAUCUUUCUUUUCAAGUUGAAAGGUAUCUGUUGAAUUAUUUGUAUCAUUGUGAUGUAGCAUCAAGUUAAUUGAUGGUUUGUAGCUCAAUUGAUAUGGAACUUCAAUUGGUGUAUUUUUGUUGGUUUGGCUGGGUGCCUCAGUUUGUUAUAAUAUAAGGGAGUGACUACGUGCAAGGUGACUGUUUUUAA